AUGUUCAAAACUUCAUACGUAAUGAAGGAUCACUACAAACAGUUCCACACGACACACAAACCGCUGAAGUGUCCGCACAUGGGUUGCGGCCAAAGCUAUUUAAAUAGGAGCCAAUUGGAGGCACACGUUGUCCGUCACGCCACUGAUCGGCCAUUUAUAUGCGAUUUCAUUGGUUGUGACAAAAGCUUUAAGUCGGAAACGUGUCUGAAGACUCACCAACGGAUCCAUUCGAGUGCACUGACCGUUAAGUGCACUGUCGAGGGCUGUUCGCAACGGUUUCAAAUGUAUUACCACUUGAAUAGACAUCGCGUAAUCGACCAUCACUUUAGGCGCCCGAAGCGACUGCGAAAGACACCCGUCAAAGACAUUGCCUGUCAGUGGCCGGGAUGUGAUUACAAAGCGUGCAAUCGCUGGCAACUCACACAUCACCAGAACAUACACACCGAUGAGCGGCCGUAUGUCUGCGAUUGGCCCGAAUGUGGCAAACGGUUCCGCCGACCGACCGCUUUAAGAGAUCACAAGAAUAUCCACAACAAUGUGAAGCCAUACGCCUGUCAUUGGCCCGGAUGUCAGUAUCGGUGUUGUAAUAGCGGUAAUGCACGCAAACAUUUUAAACUUGUUCAUCAAAAGUGA